GCGGCACGAGGCACGAUGAAGGGGCCAAGAAUCGGUGGCCUAGCGAGCGGGAAAAAGCUGGACCUCUGCCAGAAGCCGCGUCACACUUGGACAGUGUUGCUGGUGUAUUUGGGCAUCUGCGCCUUGCUGCCUGUCACGAUUCUCUCCGCGCCUGUGCAACUUCGUGAAAUAUCGAAGGAGGGCUCGCAACGCCGGCCAAACGAUGCCAAUAAUGACUCAGCCGAAGGGGAUUUGCCCGUUUUUGAGCCGACAGCGGCGAACGUCAGCGCAUUCGUCGGACAGACCGUGUACCUGCCAUGCCGAGUACGAAAUUUGGGAGAUAAAGUGGUGUCGUGGAUGAGAAGCAGAGACCUGCACAUUCUCACGUCAGGAAACAACCUGUUCAGCUCGGACACGAGAUUCGGGCCCCAGCACACGCCGGGAAGCGACGCGUGGACGUUGAGGCUGGACAACGCCAGGAAGACCGACUCCGGCAAGUACGAAUGCCAGGUGAACACCGAGCCGAAAAUGAUGUAUGCUGUUCAGCUGUCCGUGCGAGAUCCUGACAAACCGGAGGGUUACGACGAGCCGCAUUCUCAGCAGACGCGAAUAAGUUACGAGAGCACGGCGCCAGUGGCGGCCAUAAUGGGUCCUCGGGAGCAGAGGGUGUCAUCGGGGACGACGAUCACCUUGAGGUGCGUCAUAUUGUCCCCGUAUCAGACCCGGCCCAUCAGGGGUGUGCAGUGGCUCCGGGAUAACAAACUCCUAACAUUCCAGGCUGCACGAGGGGGCAUAAACGUGGAGACUGAAAGAGGCGCGGCUCGAACAGUCUCGGAAUUGACUCUGGCAGCGGUCACGCCGCACGACAUUGGAAAAUAUUCGUGCAGACCGUCCGAGGGGCGAUCGGACACCAUAAUGCUGCUCGUCGAUCCAGGAGAACGUACGGAAGCCAUGCAACGUGACGCCGGAUACGUCUCUUCCGGAUGUGACGUCAGGCACUGGGCCGGGCUCCUACUUCCGUUCUCGUGGUUUCUAAUACUCGCACGAAACAGCCAAACUUUCCUGCAAUAGCGCACACUCCGACAGUAUUUCACGCGUGUUUCUCUCUCCCUCUUUCUCUGUCUUUGUAUUCCGCCGUUUCGUGGACGGGAGAGAAAGUACCUAGAAAUUUGACCAAC